AUCAUGUCGUCUUCAGAUUCAGCAACGCGCUCGCUGCCCGUCCUCAGCUUGCGGGCAGCCGAGGUAGCCNNCUCGGCAGCUGCCCAGAAGAAGGCCCAGGAAAUAGGCGUUGACUUCAACAUUGCAAUAGUAGACGCCACACUCCAACUGCUGCACUUUGUGCGCCAACCCACGGCAAAACUGACAUCCAUCAACAUUGCCAUCGACAAGGCGUUCACGGCAGCUGGACACAAGCAACCCACUUCGGCAUACAAGAGUCCGAAUUUCUUGCCCGGAGGACCCGCGUAUGGGAUUCACAAUUCCAAUGGUGGUAGGUUCAUGUUGAUUGGGGGUGGUGUGCCGAUUGUGAUCGAGGGCAGUGUUGUUGGUGCUGUGGGUGUCAGUACGGGGACGCCCAAGCAGGAUGAGGAGGUUGCUGUUGCGGGAGUCAAGGCGGUCGAGGAGUGGGUGAAGAAGAGGCAGGGGCCCAAGUUGUAG